UUCAUAAAAGCAAACAAUUCUGGAAGAAACUCUAUUUGCAAAAUUGUGAUCGUAAAUGCAUCAUCUUGGGGCAUUUGCAUCAGUGUUAAAGAUUAAAUUGACUUCCGGCCACUGCGGAACCAUAGUUAGCUAUCGGCGGCUAGAAAACCCCCAAACGGAUGACGUUUGUCUCCAAAGCGACCUUGCAGAGGCAGAGAAAACUUUGUUUACGUUUGUACGGCCGCAGCAGCUCGCGGCAAAGCUUCUGCAAAGAAUUUUGAAUAUUUCGCCAGCGAAUAGUUCGGCAAAAGGCACCGGUUCACAGCAUGGGAGACGCAAUGCACGUGCAAUGGCUAUCCGAAGAGGCAGAGGAAGUUCCGGAAAAUGAGGAAGACAUGUUGUACGAGGAUGUGGAAUACAUUGAAGAAUACGUUCACUUCCCCGACGGGCCCGAAAGCAAUGUGUCCGGUAGCGUUGCAGUGCAAAACGAAGAGAGCACAGGGCAUGUGAUAAAGAUUGAAAGCAUCGAUCAUGCAUUCGAUAUGCUGCAGAACUCCGUGUGGUCCAUCAAACCACCGGAACGGACCGGUACGAUGGGACGCAAGGUGGCACACCCACGGCCCGCACCGGUCGGGCUGGCCAAGUCGGCCAAAAGCCCGGCCGAAUGUUUGUCGCUUUUUCUGGACGCAGACGUUAUCGCUAUGAUUACCGAGUACACCAACGAGCAGAUUAAGGCCGAACAGCCCAACUAUGCCCGCGAGCGCGAUGCGAAUCCAACGGACGAGAUGGAAAUUAUGGCCCUGUUGGGUGUGCUGUACAUUGCCGGCACGGUGCGCGAUGGGCGGGAGAACAUCGAGCGGCUGUUCGAAACCAAAAUGGGAACCGGGUUGGAAGCGGUCUACCUCACGAUGACCUCGCUCCGGUAUCACUUUCUCAUCCGGAGCAUCCGCUUCGACGAUCCGACCGCGGCUCAGGACGAAAUAGAGGGCGAUAAGCUAGCGCCGAUAAGACCGAUCUACGAACGGAUCGUAAGCAAUUGCCAGAAAUACCUCCGCCCCGGCCGUUUCCUGAUGCUCGACGAGCAGGCGGUACAGUUUAAGGGCAAGUGCGAAUUUCGACAAAUUCUUCCGUCGGCGCCGGGCAGGGCGGGCUUUCGCUUCCAUCUGCUGGUGGACUGCGAAACUUCGUACGUAAGCAAUUUGGAAAUUUGCGUACCCGAGAACCAAAAUCCGUACAAUCUGAGCUACGCACCGACGGACGUUGCCAUGCGACUGACGGAACCCGUACAGGGCAGACAGAAGACGGUCAUUCUUGGGGCCGGCCUUACGUCCAUCGAUCUUAUCGAGAAGCUGUACGCUAGUCGAACGAUGGCAAUGGGCGAGGUGCCCAAGGCGUACCCGGACCUGCCGAAGGCCCUGAUCGCGAACAAGGGCCGGCCGGAGCACAGCACCCUCGCUGCGUACCACGAUCCAGCGACACUCGUCUCGUACGUGACGAGGCGCAAGGAGGUGAUGCUACUGAUGUCCUCGUUCGUAGACUUCGACUCGGAGGAGCAGGCGGGGGAGCAGGACGAAGGCGAACAGCACCUGAAGCUGGUGGAGCUGUACAAUCGAACGAAAACGACCAUACGCACCAUUCAGCAGAUGUGCGCGAAGCAUAACGUGGUGCGCAGCACGCGCCGAUGGCCGGUGGCCGUAUUUUUCAACCUGAUGAACCUGAGCGCCAUCAAUGCGUGGUGCAUCUAUUGUCUGAACCAUCCGGAGGAAGCGAAAAUGAGCCGUCGAGAUUUUCUCGUCACAAUGGCACUGGAGCUGUUGCGGCCACAGGCCCGGCGGCGACUGGACAGUAAAACGUUGCCCCGGCUGCUGAGGCAGCGCAUCGGCCUGUUUCUCGGGAUCAGCCGGGAAGAGUACGAAACCGUGCCGGUGGUCGAGAGGCAGGGCGGUGAAUCGCGCGGCCGAUGCUACCUGUGCGGCCGGGCACGGAACAAGACGACACGCAUCUCGUGUCACAGCUGCGGCAAGUACACCUGCAAUGCACACUGCGCCCAGCUGUGCCGUACGUGCUACAUGGAUGAUUGUGGCAGCGAGCAGCAGGAGUAAAAAUGAAGCCUGGCUAAGAGAGUCUGUACCAUUGCUUUCCUUCGCGUGAGUCCUUCGGCUAUCUGCAGGGGAAGAUGAAAGUGAGAUAUUUUUUUAACAAUAAACUUAUACAACUUGCAGCAAAUGAGAAUUGCUUUCAUUUAUUGCAAAGAGA